AUUCUCGUUUUUGUACAGUCAGUGCUGAGUGAAACGGCCUUUAGUGUGGCCGGCUUUUACACUUCUCGGAACCGAAUCAUUUUCCACUUUCAUACUAGCUACGUCAUAAAUGCUAUCUUAAAAUUAAACUGCUUGUCGGUCUAUGAGAAAACGAAGAACACAUUACUAUUUAUAUUGGUUUUUUUCGCUGUGGCCACAGCUGAAAAUAUUUAGUUCAAAGAAGAUCGUAAGAGAGAAAUACUUUAUUCUUUAUUCAGUCUGCCCCAGUUUCCGAGAUGUUUGGUUUUUGUCUCUGGUGCAGUUUGCUACUGACGUCACUGUUGGCCUUUGUGAAUUCAUUAGCUUUGGCUUCUGCAUGCAGGGGAUGAUUUACAGACUUCAAGGCUGAACUCGACAAGUUACUGUGCUACACUGGACGUCUUUCCUUGGGGCUCCCAAUUAAAGUUUGUCAGGAUAAGACGCACGGCUAGCACACAAGACCGAGGACGUGUUUUGUAAGGAUACAGUCCCCCGAGUGAGAGAGAUGCUCCUUGGCUGAACGCAGAGAGCCCGAUCAGCCAUGAGUAACAGAGGGAAAGCAGAAAGCCACAGGAGGCUGUCAGCGGGGCUGCAUGCUGACAUGAUGGACACGCUGAAAAACCUGCAGCCAGACAAGGGGAGGAAUGAGUCGGAGCGGGACUCGGGAUUCUCAGAUGCUAGUUCUGAGUAUCUGAGUGCGGUGGAGCAGACAGAUGCUGAGGAUGGACAGAAAACCUCAGCCCAGAGCAUCAAGUCUAAAUCUCAGCUGCCACAGCUGGCAGUGAUGGGGGGAGGUUACCCUGGCCUUUCUCCCAUGAUCAUCAUGAACAACGUCCUUCUGAAACAGGCAAGUAAUUGCCCCCCUGCUGUGAAGCCCUGGGGCUUUCAACCAGCUAUAGAAGUGAUUCCCCAGCCUCAGGUUGUGUUCCUCCAGCCUGUCAUUUCUAACGGUAUCACAAACACGCAGAAGGGACCCCAGGACAAGAGGCGCCGAUCGCAGAAGUACCUGCCCAUCCUGAAAUCCUACCCCAAAAUAGCCCCUCACCCUGGGGAGAGCUCCUCAGAGAGGAGUGCUUCUGGCUCUUCAGAGCGGAGUGGUUCGGCCUCCGCCCGUGUGGACAGAGCCAGCGCACUCAGACACCGGCGGCACAGCAGGGAGAAACAGCUGAGUCGGCUGUCCAGCACAGCCAGUCCCACGCCAUCCGGCCUCCCUCUGCCGCUGACGCCCGAGCCCAGCACUCGGAAGCACCACUCCUCUCUUUCCAAAACGGAAAGCGCUUCAUCGGGCGGUCAGCCCACGCCGCCUGCGAGCUCCCAGGAGGCACCCCCGCCGGCACGCUCACCUGGUCUGGCCCCUGUCCCCCCUGCUGCCGCGUCUCCCUCUCGCACGGACCCAGACCCGGACCCGGAAGAGAAGGGCUCCGUGCUGGAGAAGAGGAACAAGAGGAAGCGCUUCUGUAACACCUACAACAUCCUCCACAAAUCCGGCCUUCUGGGCAUCACGCUAAGGACCAAGGAGCUGAUCCGGCAGAACCGGAAGACGCAGAGUGAGCUGGACCGCCUGAAAGCGCACGCCGACCUCUUUGUGGAAGCCAUCCGGAGCGGAGACCCUCAGGUCUGGACUAAGCUUCAGCUGGCCAUGCUCGAAUGUGAGCCCUCUAUGGCCGAGGAUGGAGGCGAGAAAGAGAUCCAGACCCUACCUUAAGACGCAGGAGCGCUCGAGGACGCCCCUCCAGGGUGUAGAGAGACAGAGCAGCCCCUCGCCUAAUUUGCCUGCGUUUGGUUGCUUUUAUCUGUGAUGCCUAUACCCUGGUGUGCUGACUGAGGCUUUCUUUGCAUCUUGUAAGAGUUAAACGCACCUUAAAAUAAAAUGAACGAUAGCUUGUAGCACCUUUAUUUAUUUGUUUUCUAUUGGUCACUCUGGAACCUUGAGCAACUGAGCGUGUCAUUUUCGGCUUGGUUUUUUCCAAAUAGUGUGAGGGACAGUUGUCAGAAUCUUGUCAGCCAAAGGAAGAUGAAGUAGCUGUGUUAGUCCCUGAACACUAGUCACAGUCGUUCCUUUUUAGGGCAUGGUGGGUUAAAAGGGCUUGUAGAAAAUGUUGAACAUUAAUUUGGCUGGCUCUGGUAAGGGGGAUUCUUAGUAGCAUUUAGUAAACGGAAUUGGUUUGGCGUGUUUUGGUUGUAUGUUAUUAGGGUCUCUACGCUAGUUUUUUUUAAAUGCCAUCUCUGAUCUCUGCUAGUAUGAAAGAAUAUGAUAGUUGGUGAUGUUUAAAUGUGCUAAACAAGUUUUAAAAAACAAAGAAACAUAGAACACUGAUUUAACAAAAACAUAGCACCGUUUUAUGAUAUAUUUAAAUAGCAAUAAUAUACCAUUACUUAAUUUAGUGCAUAGGAUAAUAUCUAUUAAAUAUUUGGCUUCCUAACAGAGUUUGCUUUUAGAAAUGUCAGUUUAUAGUGCCAUGCUCAUUUGAAGUCCAUUCAUUUCCUGCAGUCUUGGGAUCUACAGAAUUAGGAAGGACCGCAAGGAGUUACUGAUGUAUCAUGUUUAUGUACCAUUGGGAUGUCAGCUGCUCAGAUACCUUAUCAUCCAAAGCACUGAUAUACUCAGCGCUGUCUUCGUAGUUCUGAGUACGCCAGUGCUGUGAUGUAGUAAAAUUGUGCAAGUGGCUUUAUCUAGCAACAUGUCAAAUACACCUUUGGCAGGUGGAAGGCAUUGAAUAACUUGUCUAUCUCAUUCAAGCAAAAGAGGGAACUUAAAUGGCAUAACUGUAGACUGAGACUCUGCCACUGGCUGAGGUAUUGUUGGCAGUAACUUUGUACAUCCAUCUGUCAUACGUUACUGAUGGAGUUAAGUUUUGCAAAAGCAGAUAUUUCCAUAUAUCCUUUUUAAAGCAGGGUCUUAUGUAUAUAUUUUUAAUUCAAAUCUAAUGUGCUUAUGUUGAUUUAUUUUUUUUGUUAAAUAUUACAUUUGCAUUCAAAAUGAAGACAGUGAGUAACAGAAUUUGCUAAAAACUUUAUUUUUCCUGAAGGCAUCCUUCACCUCAUACACUGUAUUUUUUAAUUCUAAAAUGUGGUACCUUGUUCCUGAAUGGAAGUGUAUUCUGUUCAGUCUGUGCAAAAACACCGUUACAGCAAAAAAGCGACGGUGUUACUUCUUUUGAAAAGGAUGAGAUCAGUGAUGCAUUGUUAAAUGCUUAAGUCUGGUUGCCUAAAGGUAAGGAACCUGCCUCUUGGUUGUUUAAUUUAGUGUUCUCCUAGAAUAACAUUUUGGGAGAUCAGAUUGUGGCGUGGUACCAUGGUAACCCUAAGUUUAUUUUUGUGGGUAUAUAUUAAAAAGAUGCAUGUGAAUUUGCUUCAUUUAUUUAUUUAAUACAGCUUUUGCUUCACCUCCAAAAAAAAAAAACAAGAAACUGAAAGACGUUAAGAAUGUCAAUGUAUCUUAAAACAUCUAUACCCUGAUGCUCUGAGUGUUGUGUUAUAGGACUUUUUUUUACCAUGCUGUGCUUUUGUUAAAAUCUUCUGGCCUGCACUAUGUUUAUUUUGUUUUAAAGAUGUUUUUUAAAGUAAAAAUUUUUCCUUUUACUUAUCAGUGUUGCUAAUGUCUGCGUUUCAGAAUUUUUCCGAAGUUUGCAAUUCAGUAUUUUGACAUCAUCCUGAACUAAAAUAACACCUCUCUCAUUGAGAUUGGUUAGAUUCUUUGAAAAAAGUGGAAGUGAUAUAAAAAUAAAAAAAGUGGGAAUAUAAUGUUAAAUUAUAUCCGCUUCACUUUACCUCUGAAUGCAUUGAUCAGUUUAAUUUAAAUUUGUAAAAACAAAAACUUUAAUGUCUUAUUUCACCAUCUCAAAUCAUUUUAUUCCUUUCAUGUCUGCUUUGUCAAUUUAUAAUCCUCAAUACACUGUGAUUUUUUUUAAGUAUUUGAUGAUUAUUUGGAAUUGGAGUAUUUUAUUGUAUUCCACUCUGGGGUGAGUUUUGACUGAUGAUCUCUCAAACAACGGCACAUUUUUAGCUUGUUGUGUUACUGAUAUGAACAAUUUUCAUUCUAUUAAUUGUAGCAGGUUGUCACAUUGAGAUUAAAAUGUCUCUAUUGUAGAGACCUAAGCAAAUAAAAGAAAACGGAAAACAGCCUGUCAGCUGUCAUUCCUAGUUGUCUGAAGGCUAAUGCUUAUUCUUAUAGACAAUACGGAAUUCUUAGUAUAUUUUAUCUAAGAUAACUUCAUCCAUCUUUUAAGUAAAUGAUCCUUUUGUUUGCUUUGCUUUUUGUGAUACUUUGUAUUUUCAUUUUAUUUGGUCUUUAUUUAGAAACCUAGAGGGUUAACCUAGAUCAACAUUUAGAAAUGGACCCUUCAUGCUAGACAAUUUUAAAUGCUUGCAGUCAUACAGUAUAUACUGUACAUGGUAGGAUAUUUUUGUGUUCAUAUGAUGUUUUGGAGACCAUCAUGCCCUUUCUGUCCUGAGCUGCAUUGAUAAUUGUGAAAAGCAGACGCUUGUUAAAACAAAGUGUCAUAGGUUGAAUCUAGAGUUUUGGCGGCUGGUUUGGAUUGCAGGAAACUGUGUCAAAUAGCAAAAGUCCAUCUGCAUUUUUAAGAAGAAGCUUCUUAAUGCCAUUUACAGGCAUUCGUUUUUAUUCACCUGUAAUGUCUUGCCUUGUACUGUUCAAAAUACACAUCAUAUUUGAACUAAUGUUGUUUAAUCCUGAGAUCAACUACCUCACUUAUUCUUGCAAAAAUUUAAACAGCAUGCUUUCUAUGCCAUUUGUUAUCAGUUUAAACACACGCUUCCAAGGCAUUAACACAUUGCUUAAUUUCUUUGUUUCUCAGUGACAUUUGUCUUCUUUUUAUAUUGGUCAUCACUGUACAUUUUGUAAUUAACUGCAGCACGAAAUAUUAAUUAAUGAGGUUGUGUAUUAUAUUUGUUUUCAUGUUAUGCCUUGGGUGUUAAAGCUUACAUUAAUUCAUUUUUGUACUCCUGUUACGUUGAACUUGGAGCUUAAAAGUACCUUAAAAACUUUGUUUUUUAGUGCUUUGAUCAUUUGCAUCUUCACUGGGGUGUUGGCAGGUCCAAAAUAAUGUGAUUAUCUUCAUCUGCCACUGUCUUUUAUUAGAACAUGAUAUUGUAUAUUAACACAAUGUACCCUCAAGAUAAGGUCAGUUACCUAUUUAUAGUGGAAAAUCCCAGGGUGAUUGUAAAAAUCGAAAUCUCAUCCAUGCUGGGUAAAAGAUCACUGUGUGUCAUGCCUCUUGUAAUAGUUUGAGAAAAUCUUUGAAAGGAAACUGAAAGCCCUUUCAGCAUAUGAAAAAAUUUGUUUUCAAGUGUCAUUUAUAAUUAGGGAUGUGAACAUGAAAUCUAUUAAAAAUGUCUUGCCCGGUCUUUUAUAUUGAUUCUUAUCCACUUUCCAUCUCUGCUUAUGUACAGUACAAUAAGGAAAGCAAGUGCUGUGAAUGUUCUUUAAAGGAGAGCACUUAUCUUAAAUGUAUUCUUCUGUAUCCUGGUACGCUAGUGUUUGUUCUGUUGAAGUAGAUUAGCAGCUCUGCAACUUCCAUACAACCUAAAUCUGAAAGUGAUUGUGUAAUAGUAGCAGCUGAUUAUCUUAAACUGGUAUCUGAAUAUAAACUGUGCCUCCACGUUUGGCCAGGAAGAGUACGCAGUAUCUCAAUGGCAUUUUUUUUUUAUAAAAGUAAAACAUCACGCACAAACGUUUUCCAUCUGAUUUAUGUCAUUGUAUGAAAAUUAGGAAUCCUGAAUUCAGCCCUUGUAAAGAUCUGUGAUGUACAACAUACUGUAUAGUAAUGUGAAUAUUAUUUGGGAGAUGUAUAGAUUUUGUAAGGGUUAGCAAAUAUUUCAUGAUGCAUUUCUGUGUUAUGAAUAUGUUUCUGUGGUUUUAAAAAUGCUGUCUUCUGAAGAUCUAAAGAUGAUUGGCAAAUAUUUGUUUUAUCCAAAGCAAAAUUAAGUCUAGUAAUUAUGCUUGAGAGAUUUGCAGAAGGUAAUGAUGUUACUCUAUGCAACCCUCAGAGAAGGCAGAAAAUGCCACAAAAACAUACCUGUUUUUAUGACCUUUCAUUUGUUUAUUGAAGUGCACUUUUUUGUACUUUUUUAUUAGAUUGUUUGCAUUGACGUUUCCUUAAUAAACUAAAUCGUUUUUCUAAAACUUUCUUCUAAA